GAGUGACCCGAACGUUUUUCACCGAGCACGGGGCCGAACCCGAAGCAGCAGCCGACCUGCCGGUGGUAAAACCUGCUGCUGCUCUAGUACUUCACCCGACGGCGAGCCGGUGAGUCUGAGCCGUUUUGUCGCAUCGAAGGACCGUCGGGGCAGGCACUCACCGAGCAGGAUGCGGCUCGCUUUCCUGUGAAGGGAGUGUUAUGGGGGACACUAUGGGGAAGGCUCGUGAGUACCCGGUAGUCACCUGUCGGUGGAAUACGGCCGCCCAGCGAGGCUUCCAGUACGGCCCUAACGUUCAUUGCCGACGGUUCGGUGCAAUACGGUCGCUGGGGAAAUUUUACGCGCCUGCGGUACAUUAUUAAUGGUGUGUUGAUCGAUUUCGCGCCGUGCUUCAACCGUGAGCCAGGUCAGUGGAGACAGGAAGUGCAUGGUGACGGUGUGUGUGUGUGUGUGUGAUGUGUGUGUGUGUUUGAAAGGAUUUGUUGUUUUUUUUCUUUUCGCCUUUGAGUGAUUUGGGAAAAAUUGGAACCAAUUUCCUAUUCUGACAAAUUAGCGCUGCUACGACGCGAUCGAUGAAUAUUGUGUUUUUCCUUUGGCAUUCGGCGUUCGAUCGCUGGCUGAUUCUUUUAUGAGCUACAUUCUCCUUCUCUCGUGGGGGAGGGAGAGGGUGGGAGGGGGUGAGCGAGACGUGCAGACGAAGCGGCAACCGCGAGACGUCAGUGCAUCCCACUCACGUGCACUCACAACGCUUCGGGAAGUCCGGUUGGCUUUGCUGAGAUGGGGCAGAUGAAAAUGGUGCAAUUUUCACUGCAGUCGCGAUGAGCCCGUACAUCGAAUGGUUCGCAGCCGAGUGCGAGUGUGUGCCGUUGUUUGUGUGUAUGCGUGUGGGUGUGUGUUCUUGUACCACUUCCGUUCGGUUGGUUCGUUCGGAUUCACUUCCGUCGCUUCAGUGUGAUCGUUGCGUGCGUAUUGGCGUAUGUUAUCAGCUUGCGAGUGGCGGGAAACUUCUACCUACCUCCUUCUUACCUCUCCUCUUACUGUCGGCAGCGGAAGAGCCGGUCACUGGAGGAACCUGUUUGGAGUUGCCAAGGCAUUUCGUGUUGCCAUUUCAGCGUGAAUUGGAUUGGAUUGGAUCGUGUCAGGCAGUGCCGAGGGUUAGACAGCCCCACAGGUUGACAGUAAGGGAUGGCAGGAUGAACCUACCUGCCACGCACAGGGCACCCACACACAUACAUUGAGUGGGGAAGGCGCUUUUGUGCUGUAUGUGUGCAUGUCCACGCGAUGCACAUCAAAAAAGGCCCUCGCACGGGGGUCCGUUAGUUAGUUUAAUGAAUAAGUAAACGAAUCUGUCCGUUCGCGCUGUCCUCCCAGCUGGCAGGCUCCGAAAACCUCGGCACAAGUGACAAGACCCGGAUCCUGAUCCCAGUUCUUUCGCGAGCGCUGUCACUUUUGGGUUUGAAUUUCGCGGGGCGAGGCGGGGAUAUUCUCCGACAUUUUCGACUUUUUGCCUCCCAAAAACCCCCGCGUCCCCCGGCUUUGCCAUAGAGCUGCGAGAAUUUUGCAAAAAAAAAAACGCCACAUGUUCCUGCGAAGCUCAGCAUAAAGGAUUAGCGAACACGCAAACCCGGGUUCGUUGUUUCGGAAGCAUUCCGGUAGACGUCCGUACAGCCGUCAAAGCUAAUUAUGGCUGGUUUAGGGUUUGCUCCAGCCUCCCCACGCCACGGUCUACCAUGCGGCAGGUGUAGGGAGGGCCGGUGUAUCGAUCGUGUCCUUGUCCGGUUUUGUUCUUCCGUUCAAAGCCGCAGGGCAAAGUGGGAUAAAUGGAGGGGAAAGGGGGUAUAAGGGGUGAUGGAGGACGUCCAAUUUCAAAUUCCACUCCUGCCGAGUGUGUGUGUGGGUCGUUGUGCACACGGGAAAAGAGGGGAAAUUGAAUCGUCAAAGACCCGGACACCGUAACCAUAAUCUCAAACGAGAAUAAAUCUGUGACCGGUAAAGCGAUGAACAUCGUUCGCUGUGUGUGUGUUGUAAGGCAUCCUUUUUCAGAAUUGCGUUACGUUCUUGACAAAAAAACGAAGGUUGUUUGCCAUUUUUUAUGUAUGUGUGUGUGUGUGUGUGUGUCAGGAAGGACCUACAGGGACACACGCCAUAAAUUAGGUCAAAUCAACGCACAACGCAAAAGCGGCGCUCGAACUCCACCGCCACCAGCAUGCGAGAUCAAGGCGUAGGCGUUGCGAGCAUUGCAUGCUCCCUCAAAAAGGUAAAAACAGAAGAAUGUAUGCAAUCCGCCAGUCGCCAGGCUGCAGCUACGUACGCACCGAGGGCAGGUGAAUUUGUUAAAAGCAGAAAGUAAAUAAACAAUCAGAAUAGCGGAUAGCGGAGACAAAACAAGCAAAAGGAUCGCCCCCCAAUCCGUCGUCGCUGCGUACUAUCAUCAAUCUCUUUGCCCGAACAGGCCGGUGCGACCCUUUUACUGAAUGCGAGGUACUUCCGGGAUGGUGGAUCGCAAUAGCCGGAAGUUGAUCUGAAUGUGUGUCGGUGUCUGUGUAUCUGUACAAACGUAUCCGUAUACGAACCAAUGAAUCCUAGCCAUUUUGCUUGUAUCGUGUGAUGCGGUUGAGGUACGCUGAUAGCACAUGUGCACGUGUGUUUGAGAGGCAGGGAUUGAGGGAUUCCGGGAUUUUGCCGGCGAAAAACUGGGGGGAGGGGGGGACGAUCCUGACCCAUUCGCACCGUGCGCUUUUGGCGUUGGCGGAACACCGUCCGGGCGGAUUUAGCGCAGAGCCGCAGACCGGAGUUUCGAUUGCAGGAAAAGUAAUCCAUCAUAUCACUCUCCGUGCGUGUGUGUGUGUGCCCGCCCGCUCUGCUGAAUGUAGUGGAUGUCUGCAUGUAGUACCGGUUCUACUUCUCCUCUUUUUCCCAGUGCAGAUGUCGGCGUUGAAUAAAAGAAUAAGCUUGAAAGCUUGAGGAAGCAGGCAGCAAACCAGAGCGCAAACGCUCCCGGGGAAAGUGCUUACCCGCAGGGUCUGGGUGUACAGUGUAAAGCCAGACCUCCGGAGUACCGUGUAUGUGUGUGUAAGGAAAAACAAAGCAACAGCAAAAAAAAAAAAAACAAACAGGUAAAAGUUGGACAUCCUGAAGUUGGUUCGGGUUUUCGGCACCGUGGCCGAAAGUGAGAAACAGCUCUCUAAACCCACUCACCACCACCACCGCCGAUCACGUCAGCCUCAAAACCGGGAAAAAGCGUGCCCAAAGCCUGAAACGUUCAACCCCUCCAAGUAGUGUAAAAGUGUAUGUGUUGUACAUGUGAGAGUGCAAGUGUAUGUGUGUGUGCAUUGUGAAGUAAAUUAAUUAAAAAAGUUAUAUUAAAACGUUCUAAAAAGGCAAAACCAAAUUAAUGUUGCACGCUGUUUUUCGGGCACCGGCACACGACGGCGCGGCGUGGGAAUACGCGUCAGGAUUUCCGUUUGCGAGUGUGUUGCGGUGCAGUCGAGCGAGAGCGGGGGCUGCUUGGGUGAAGCAGUGGCCGUAAACCCCCCUCCUUGUUGUUUUCCUUCGUUUACACCACCCGGUCCCCUCGCCAUCCGGUGUCGGCGGUGCAGUGGCUGGGUGGAAAAGGGUUUUUAGCCCGAGUGUGAUUGCGGUUAGGCGGUUCGGUGUUCUCCGCUGGGAGUACGAGUGCGCGUUUGUGGAAUUGUGUGUGCUUGUGUGUGUGUAGUGCAUGUUUUUUAAUGAAGCAAUAGAAAAAGGUGUGUUUUGCCUGUGUCCGACAUGUGUACUGGUGCCCUGGUGCCUGGUUCGGUUUGCACGGCAGAAGUGAACGAGCAGCAGCAGCAGCAGCAGCAGCAACGGUUGUGAUUUGUUCAGUGAGAAGAAGAAUGCGUAUUUGUUAUGGUGAUGGCUGUUUUGUGUGUGUGUGCUUUCGGUGUGAGUGAAUGCUGAUUGAAUCAUGACUACCAUUUUCAUCGCUGUUCCGGUUCGUUAAGUGGCAAAAUAAAUCGACGACUCGUUUUCUUUUUGGGGAAGCUUGGGAAACAGACACAGCGAGGCAUGGCAAUGGCAGUGGGCCGUUGCUGAACGACUGAGUUUGCGGGGAUUCGUCUGACGCUUUUGAUUAGGAUUAUUGUUUGGGAGAGGCGAGAGUGUGCAGGUGGAACCAGCUUGCAACGAAGUCAGCAAGAAGCGGAAGCGAACAGCGUCGCCGUUCACCAUGGGCAUCCCGGCCACCGUACGGUCCUGCGCGGACCUCGUUAGCAUACUGCUGCUCACUGUGAUACAGACCGGCACGCUCGGCUGGAAGCUGGAUAAUCGAAACAUCAUGUACACUAAUCAGGACAUCUCGUACGAGUGCCCAAUCAACACCAUGUGCCGGUGUGCGAGUUUGCCGAACGAAACCGCACUCCUCGAGAUCAAUUGCAACGAGGUGUCGCUGUACAAAUUUCCCGAGUUUCUGCACGGGACGAUAAAGCACAUCGACAUGUCACGCACCUUCAUCCACAACGUGGACGAUGAAACGUUCCAGGGGUUGCGGCUCGAGUCGCUCAAGCUGGUAGACAACAAAAUACAGGACAUUUCGGAAAAGAGCUUCAACUUUAUGCAGCAUUCGCUGGUGUCACUGGAUCUGUCCGACAACCAGUUACAGGGACUACCGCUGGAUUCACUAAAAAAUGUCCACACUUUAAGCCGAUUAGUAGCUCAGCGAAACAACAUCCACCAUCUCGAUGGCAACUGGGGCGGGCUGGCGGACUCGCUGCGCAGCCUGCACAUUUCGGGCAACUCCAUCUCUGAGGUAUCGUUCUACACACACGACGAGAAGCGUCAGAACCAUACGGCACCGAACUCGCAGGCAUCGAUAAUCAACGCGAAACAGUUCUCGCAAUACCCGCCCGGUACGCCAGGGAUGGGGCAGCAGCAGCAGCAGCAGCAGCAGCAACCCGGUGCCACGGCGGUCAACGGGCUGCAGCAACAGGGCAUCAAACCGUUCGCCAAGCUGAAAAAGCUCGUCUGGCUCGAUAUCAGCUCGAACCGUAUCGCGCACAUCAGCCCGAACACGUUCCCCAAGUCGCUGGUAACGAUCGAUCUUUCCAAGAACAUUCUUUCCCAAUUCCCGACCGCCUUCCUCGAGCAUCUGCACGAUCUGCGCGUGCUGUCGCUGAAGGAUAAUCUGAUAGCGAAGCUCGACGGUAGCCCCGAACCGGCCGGCCCCGCCCGGAUACGGCUCGAGAAGCUCGACCUUAGCCUGAACCUGGUGGAGGAACUUCCACCCCUGCUGUUCAACGGCAGCGUGCGUAUAAAGGCAAUUAAUUUUGAUAAAAAUUUCAUCCGCCACCUCGAGGCCGACACAUUCCAGGGGCUGAACAUCGUGCACAUGGUGCUGGCAUUUAACUUUAUCGAGUCGAUUGACGAUGGUGCGUUCGGUUCGCUGGAGAACAGUUUGGAGUAUUUGGAUCUGGAGCGCAAUCGGUUGACGGUGGUGCCGGCCGCUAUUGGGCGAUUGAAUCGGUUGCGCUAUCUUUACUUAACGUCGAACGAGCUGACGCACAUUCCCGAUCAGCCCGAGCCACUGCUGCCCACUACGCUGAAGGUGCUGUCGUUGAGCGGGAAUAACUUUACCGCCAUCCCGGUGGACGCUCUCUCGAACUGUACCGAGCUGUCGUACCUUAACAUGGGCUACAACAAGAUCGCAGACAUCGAGGAGAAUGCAUUUGCUGGAUGGGGCUCGAACUUGCAGACGCUACUGCUGCGCAACAACAAGAUCACGAGCCUCAACUAUGGCGCGUUCAAUGGGCUGGAUACGAUCAAAGAGAUCAGUCUCAGCUUUAAUGACAUCCACUACGUCCAUCCGAAUGUGUUUGAUAAUGUUUCCUCGACACUUAAGAUUCUGGAGCUUUCGUUCGGUAUCUACCGAGAGGAGUAUCCGGGCGAAGCGUUGGCCGUGCUGACCGAGCUGAUGUGGCUCGGGUUGGACAAUAACAAUCUGAAGACGCUGCCGGACGGGGCACUCUCAACGUUGGGACAGCUAACGUACGUCAAUUUGGCGUUCAAUCGAAUCGUUGCCACACCGCGAUGGCUCUUCCGGUCGGACAUUCAUCGAAACUUGGUGGAGAUUGAUCUUUCGUUCAACCAGCUCGAAGACUUGCCGAGCGCAACCUUCGACAGUUUGGAGCUAAUACAGAUUAUCAAUCUAUCGUCGAACAAACUGCGCACGAUGCAGAAGAACGCACUGCACGAUCUGCCGUACCUGACGUACGUGGAUCUGUCCUACAAUGCGCUGCAAAAUAUAAGCGAAGGAGCGUUUAGCUAUCUACCCAGCCUGCUGAGCGUGGACCUGAUGCACAACGAGCUGGCCACACUGUCGCUGAAAGUGUUUCGCCAAGUGUCGAACGCAACCACACCGAUGCGGCUGAACAUUAGCAGUAACGCGAUCGAGUUUCUGGAUGGAGACGUUAACUCACUGCUUUAUGUGUACUCGCUGGAUGCCAGCCACAACCAGCUGCAGGACACGACCGUGUUUCGUGCGUUGGCUUUUUCGCUGCGCAUACUCUACCUGAACUGGAACAACUUCACCACGCUCGGCAACCAUGCGUUCGGGGACCUGCAGAUACUGGAAAUACUGAACCUGGCGCACAACAACAUCAGCUCACUGCGGCGGCGCAGCUUUGCCGGGUUGAUGAACCUGCAGGAGUUCGAUCUGAGUCACAAUCGCAUCGAAAGCUUACAGAUUGAACAGUUUUCACCGCUGAAAAAGUUGCGCCUGCUGCGCCUCAACAACAAUCGAUUGCGCACGAUCCCGCGCGAUACGUUCCUGAAUACGCGCAUCGAGUUUUUGGACCUCUCGAACAAUCAGUUUGUGGCGUGGCAGGCAACGGCAUUCGCGGACAUUGGGUUCACGCUGCGCUCGAUACAGUUUGAUAAUAAUUUGCUGGAGUUCCUAGAUCCGUAUAUGUUCACCAGCACACAGUUCUUGUUGGAGCUAAAUCUGGCUGGAAAUUUGAUAAAACUCAUCCCUGAUAAUGCGUUUGCAAAUCUGAACAAUUUGACGGUGCUGGAUCUGAGCUACAAUCAGCUUAUGCCGGUGAACUUCCGCGAGCUGUUCGUGAAUGUGCCGCGUCUGCGGGUGUUGAGCCUCCGGUCGACGGGGAUCUAUCGACUGCCGACUCUGGCGCUGCCCCAGCUUGCUUCGCUGGACGUUAGCAACAACAACCUGCAGGAGAUUGACUCUCAGGAGGAGCUGUUUUUCCUCCGCGAGCUGCAUAUACAGGAGAACAAAGUCAACAACAUCUCGAACCUGCUGCGCAAUCUUCCCCCUGCUCUGCGCGUGCUAGACAUCUCACGUAAUCCGAUCCGCAAGAUAUCGUUUCACGAUUUUGCACUUUCUCGCCGGCUGGAGGAGCUGUUCAUCGAGGACAUUAAAAUCGUAAACCCGGACAUCUUCAUCAAGCUGCACAAUCUGAAAAAAUUGCGCAUCAGCGCACAGCACAACUUCAGCGAGUUGGUGUCGAAGUUGCGCGGUUUGCAGGAGCUGUACGUCACCAUCUACGACGAGCAUCUGGGCGAUGGACUGUUUACGUCGCGCAUGCACGCCAACACGAAGCUCAACGUGGUGGAAAUUACGGGCCGAAGGUUGGUGUCCAUCUCGAGCAAUGCCUUCCAGGGGUUGGCACGGAAUCACGAUCUGAAGCUGCGGAUACGCAACACGAUGGUGAACGAUUUGCCGCCGGGCGUGUUCUACGCGCUCAAGUACAUCCCUCGGCUGAGCAUCGAUCUGUCGGACAAUCUGCUGGCGGCGCUCGCACCGGACAGCUUCUACCCGAACGCCAGCUCGUGGGAUGCGGUGGGGACGCGCAGCGUCAUCGGCGGGCUGGACGUGUCGAACAAUCCGCUGCAGUGCGAGUGCGGGUUGGUGUGGCUGGGGCACUGGUUGCGGCGCUGGUUGCGCGAGACGGCGCAAGUCAACUUGAUUCCUAAGGACGAAAUGAAGCAGAUGAUUCGUCGAGCUAAAAGGAGUACCUGCACGGAUCCGCUCACCGGGAAGCGCUUGCCGUUCCUGGAGAUCUUCCCCGAGGAUCUGCUGUGCCACGCCAGUGCCCUGAGUAGUUUAGCGUUGAAGUUGCGCUUUCGGUUUAUGUUGCUGUGUCUCAACAUGCUGCUAGUGGUGCUGCACAAAUCACGAACUUUGGUACUGUAAUUUCGGUUCGGCUGACAGUAUCCAAAAACGCUUCAUCCCCCAUCCCCGGACAUCCAAUCCCUUUGUAACAGCACGGAAUACACUCCCUCCUCCCCAUUCCCUCAACUCAUCACUAUCUUCCCGCGGCAACAUGUGUACGCGUAGUGCCAACGCGCCAACGAGUAGGUAAGCAUCGGUUAAGAACUGUCCAUAAUGGCCCCCUGCAAAGCCAAUCUAAGGCUCACUAAUGUUUGACAUCGGAUGGGCGAAUGUGCUGAAGCAGCGCCAUCGCCAUCCAGCAGCAACAACAACAGCAACGUUCACUCAUUUUAAGCAUUUUUUAUCGUCCCACUGGUGGUACAUGAUUGUACAUAGUAGUAGAAUUGUAAAUUAUAGACAACAAAGUAAUAAAAAAACGCCCGUUUUGUACGAAGUACACAUUUCCAACACGUCACGCAUAUAGGCAGCCAAAAAUCAACAAAUCAUAAAACAAAACCCCAACUGAUGCGUGCGUGACGGAGAGUGACAGACAGCAAUAUAGAACAUGAAGGAAAAAAAAUAUUAAGAAAAACAAAUUGUCCUAAGAACUAAGCACAGAUAAAUAGCAGCAGUAGGGUACGAAAAAACAAACAAGGAAACCUCCCCACAAUGUGUAAAAUGUUGUAAAUGAGCAAAACGAACCUAGGUAAGAGAUCGCAGUAUCUCACACGUUUUGAUGAAUUCCGAUAGUAAGAUAUUAACAAAAGAAAUAAGUGCAAGAAGCAGACGAAGAAACCCAUCCAAUCAAAACCACAUUCCAUCACGAUUGUAGGAGCUUUAGUGUAGGAUAUUAAGUUUUCGGGCACCAGUUUUGCACUCGAGUGAGAAAGGAAGGUAAUGGUACCUUCAAAUUGAACCAAUCGGAGGCUUAAAGUAGCAAGUUUAUGAAUGCGAAGUACACGAUGUAUUGGAAUUUCUUUAUUUUUAAUUAUAUUACGAACAUAAUUAAUGGAUUUAAUUUGUUUUUCAUCCAAUGUUUGUGCAUUGAUUGAAGCUACGGCCCGCUUAAACCUCUUCCAAUGCACACCUGUGCGAAACUGUUACAAUGCGCAGUUAUCGGUAGAUAAACACUUUACCUAUAUGCUCACCGCAGCGAAUAAUGCCAUUGUAAGGAAAGUGCUUUCACUUCACAAACAGGCCGUAACAGUACCUACAAAUGGUUGAAUGGUUGAGCCAUACCAACGGGUGAGUGAGUGGGCGGGCGAAUAAAAAAAGCGCCAACAACCCGUCAAAUGAAUUUGAUAAGCCGACACGUUUCGCCCCGUCAAUCAGCUAACAAUGAUGGCCCGAUGACCUCGCCAUCCUGACCAGAAGAAUUGCACCCGUAGUGCACUCACGCUGGCACCACCCCACCCCCCAAUACCCCCUGCGGCGCGAUAAUGUGUGUCGGAUCACAGCGAAAUGACAUAAUUAUGCAAUUUUCAGUCCAAUUACGAAAACACACAAACGGGACAUAAACCUCGCUCCCCUCAAAGUUUUCCCAUUUCUUUCCUUGUCGUACGGGUCCGCAGGACGCUCGGAAUGGGACCGGGAGUUUUGCACAGUUCGUGCACACGUGGAUAAAGAGAGAGAUAGUAAGAGAGAGACAGACAGACAGAGAGAGAUAGCAGCAUUGGGGGAAGGAUUCCAUUGAUUGAUAUUCAUAAUGAUCACACAAUUAUUAUCACACACUGUAUGUACGAUUAUAAUAAUGCCGGCCGCACAGCCGCAUGGCCGUGGCUUUUAUCCGGGGGUAUGGGCUGAGAUGUUAAUUAAUUUGCCAUUGCUUCCGAGCCGCUCACGUUCACUUUACUGCCAUUUUGUGCCCGUAGCAGCGCGCUCUAUAUGGGACUGUUUUGCUGUACAUUACUGUUUUUUUGUUGUUGUUGUUUCGGUUAGUUCACUAAGCAAUGAUAAUUAACUUUGAUUUAACUGCUAAUUGAAUACUAAAAUAGAUUAUUGCAUUUUUAUGGUUUCUGAAAGCCACAUAGAUUCAAUUAUUGCUACAAUGAUUCUGAAUUUAGAAUAAUUUUGUUAUUUUUUACCGAUACGUUAUUCGUUACCACCAAAUUAAACUCUCUUAACAACCUGGAUUGAAAGAUUUUGUUGAUAACUUCAUACUCAAAAAAAAAAUGGAGAAAAAAGAAACAAUUCUGAAAAAAAAGUAUUUGAAAG